AUGAUUGAUAUAAAUAAUCCAGAUAUAUCACAAUGCCGAUCCUUUGAAGCUAGUAUUGCUGGAAUCUCAUCCAAAGUUUACUUUGUUAAUCCAGGUGCUACUAUAACAAAGGUUAAGAGCAAUGACAAAGAUAUUUGGCAAGCAGAGCGCGGAGGGAAAUUUAUAUAUUGUAUAGCCUUCCUUAAAGGAAAUAGUGUACCAAUGUUACUCCUUAGUUUGUCCUAUGAUGCAGAAAUGGAAAAUUUAAAGGUAGAGGGUACUCUCACAACCUUUACGUUGGAUAUUUCUUCUCCUAAGGAGACAGAGGAGUUUGAAGUAUUGAAUUAUGUUAGAUAUGGAGCUCAAACCUACAUUUACGUUCCAAAGGAUACAAAUGACAUAGAUUUUGUAAGAGAUAAAGAUAUAGAUAUCUGGAAGGCGGCUGAAGGUACUGGUGAGAUGUUUUCUCUGUGA